CUUUUCUUUCCAUUUUUGUGCAUGCACGUGCAAUAAAUCUGUGACACAAUUUGUGUCACAAUUUUGUAUUCAGUGCAGUGCAUGAUCGGACCAGUCUGACAUGUUGGGCUUCCCCCUCCAUACGUUCUGGCACUGACACGAGUCCCGCCCUCAUCCUCACAAGGUCCUCAGGUGAUAGUGAAGGAGAUUAAGAGCACACCUAACCCUUUACUUUACAAAGCAGCAUUGUCUCAGCCUCUCUCCAGAGCUCCUCAUCAGCUCGGCAGUUUGUGGAUCACAUUUCAUUCACACACACAUCUCAGAAGGAGGAAAAAAAGUAUUCUUCAAAAUGCCUGUCAGCCUCUGUGGAACAUGGGACAUCAUCAGCAAUGUCAACUUUGAGGGCUAUAUGAUUGCACUGGGUAUCAGUCCUUACUUACGAAAGAUUGCUCUGAGGCUGAAGCUGAGGAAGGUGAUUGAGCAGCGCGGCGACCAGUACAUCAUCAAAACGGUCAGCGCCUUCCGAAACUACACCAUCUCCUUCAGAGUGGGCCAGGAGUUUGUGGAAUUUACACAGGGACUGGACAACAGACAUGUCAAGUCACUGGUGACAUGGGAGGGGAAUAAACUGGUGUGUGAACAGAUUGGAGAGAAGAAGAACCGGGGUUGGAGUCACUGGGUUGAAGACGACAAGCUACAUCUGGAGUUGCACUGCGAAGGAGAAAUAUGCAAGCAGGUCUUUAAGAAAAAUGUGGCUGAGUGAAGAAGAAUUAAAGUUGUAUUUCAGGAGAUGUUACUCUGUGAUGAACAGUUUUGUGUUAAAUCCACCGCUCUGAACCCUGAACAACAAAACCACAGUAAAAGUUCAGUUUGUGGUGUUUUCUCUGUACUCAGUUCAGGAGAAAAUAUCCGUCCUUUCAGGGUAUGGAUUUACACCAGUAGAUGGCAUCAAUGCAUUACUUUUGUCAGAUACUGGUCUACACUGGUGUGUAGUUUGCUGGUGUUGGCUUCAGCAUCAUGCAUCUUUAUUGCUUGUUUCAAUGGGCUGAAAAAAGCUUGUCCAUUCAGGCUCUGUUAAGUGAUAAGUUUUUGUUUCCAUAAAAUCUCUUUUGUCUGAUAACACAAAUUUGAGGAAAUGUUUCUUUUCACUGGCUUGUGCUAUCCACCCGAUAUUUGGUUGAGCUAUUUGUAAAAUUAAAAUCUCUCAUUCAUGUAGAUGCAUCUACACCCAAUGUACAACAAAAAGUGAGGUGCAAGAUGUUCGGAAUGCAAUUUGAUUUUAUGUGAAUGUAUAAUAAAAUGAGGUUUGAAAGAA